UUCUCAGCUGCUUGCUGUCCGUCCCUGUCCCUCAGAGCCCAGGAGCCCUGCGCCACUCCCCUCCCCUGCUCCCGGAUCUGAGGAGCACGGGGGAUGCUGGGCAUGGGGCCCGGGGCCCGAUACUGGCUGCUCCUGGCCUGUUACCUGGCCUAUUUACUGCUAGGGUCUGCUGUGUUCAUGGUCAUCGAGGGUCCCCCUGAGCACAGGCUCCGGGAACAGCUGCUGGGGCACCUGGCUGCCUUCCAGGCAGACCACCGGGAUUGCCUGUCCCCUGACAAGCUGGAGGCACUACUGGAGGUGGUCCUGCGAGCCCAGACCUAUGGCGUCUCUGCCUUGGGCAAUGCCACCGAGCCUGAGAACUGGGACUUUGCCUCUGCUCUGUUCUUUGCUGUCAGCAUCCUCACUACCACAGGUUACGGCCACACGGCCCUGCUCUCAGAUGGCGGGAAGGCCUUCUGUGUGGGCUUCGCAGGCCUGGGCCUGCCCGCGGGUCUUGUGCUGGCCACUGUCCUGCACCAGCACCUGCUGCGCCCACUGCACAGUCUGGCGAUCUGGGCGGCUGCCCGCUGUGGCCUGGCCCCUGCCAGGGUCCCCUGGCUCCAAGCCUCCCUGCUGAGCCUGACGGUCGGCGCCAUCUUUGUUCUGCUGCCCACCCUGGUGCUCUGGAGCCAGGAGGACGGCUGGAGUCUGCUGAACGCCUGCUACUUCUGUUUUAUGUCGCUCAGCACGAUUGGGCUGGGGGACAUGGUGCCUGGCCAGGACCGCCACCCUGCCCUCUAUUGGCUCUCCCAGCUGGCCCUCAUCUGUUACCUGCUUCUGGGGCUGCUCACCCUGCUAUUGACUCUGGAGACAGUCUCAGAGCUAAAGGAGGUCCAAGCAGUCGUGGCCUUCUUCAGCUACAGCAUCUCCAAGAGCCCAGAGGACCAAACGGGCAUUGUGACUCAGGAUGCUCUGACCCUUAGCAACUGCCCGCCUCCUACCACCUUCCCUGGGACAGAUCAGCACCCCUUGAGCUGCCCCACAGAACUUGGAGUGUCCCCCUCCUCCACAGUGUGAAGUGGGGUCGACAUGGCCAGAGUGGAAAACGGCUAGAACUAUGGGGCUUGAGGGAGCUGAUGGGAUGCUGCGAGCUUUAGGGGAUGUGUGUGUGUGUGUGUGUGUGUG